UAUAACUUACAACAACCUUUGGAAGCAGAGAAAAGGGGAAAAGGGGCGAGCGGGAACUGAAAUUGGCGCGCUGGGCGACGUCUGUGCUGUGCUAUGUCUGUGCUAUGCUAUUGUUGUUGUGGCCGUUUGCGGUAAACCAGGAAGAAGAGGUUCCAAUGUUGACAUCUCCUUCAACCCCUUUUCUCAUUUAUACCUCUGCUCUUCUCAUCUUCAGGCUCCACCCUCUUUCCACAAUCAUCUACUCCUUUCUCUUUUCUUUUUUCCCUCUUAGCUUGUGUGGAGAAAGUAAGCAAUGGGAAAGGAGCCGCUUCAAGUUCUAAAUGCACUUGAUGUUGCCAAAACACAAUGGUACCAUUUCACGGCUAUCAUCAUUGCUGGAAUGGGAUUCUUCACUGAUGCAUAUGAUCUUUUCUGCAUAUCCCUUGUCACCAAGUUACUUGGACGCAUUUACUAUCAUGUUGAUGCAGCACCAAAGCCUGGCACAUUGCCUCCCAACGUUGCUGCUGCGGUUAAUGGUGUCGCAUUUUGUGGAACGCUAUCAGGGCAACUCUUCUUCGGCUGGUUGGGUGACAAAAUGGGGCGAAAGCGAGUUUAUGGCAUGACUCUAAUGAUGAUGGUUGUAUGCUCCAUAGGCUCAGGCCUUUCCUUCGGCCACAAUUCACAAUCUGUCAUGACUACUCUCUGCUUUUUUCGAUUCUGGCUCGGCUUCGGCAUCGGCGGCGACUACCCUCUUUCUGCAACCAUCAUGUCUGAAUACUCUAAUAAAAAGACUCGCGGUGCAUUCAUCGCUGCAGUGUUUGCUAUGCAGGGGUUUGGAAUUUUAGGCGGAGGCAUAUUUUCCAUUAUCGUCUCUUUGGCAUUUAAGACCAAGUUUGAUGCUCCGCCUUAUGCAGUUGAUCCAAUUGCCUCCACUGUGCCCCAAGCGGAUUACGUUUGGAGGAUUAUUGUGAUGGCUGGGGCUUUUCCAGCUGCUCUUACUUACUACUGGAGGACCAAAAUGCCCGAAACUGCACGCUACACAGCUCUUGUAGCCAAAAAUACAACUCAGGCUGCAUCAGACAUGUCAAAAGUUCUGCACAUGGACAUUGAGGUAGAAGCGCAACAACCUACUCAGCUGACACCAAAUGCAAACGCAUAUGGCUUGUUCUCAAAAGAGUUUCUUCGUCGCCAUGGAACUCACUUACUUGGAACUACAACUACUUGGUUCUUGCUUGACAUUGCCUUCUACAGUCAGAACUUGUUCCAGAAAGAUAUAUUCAGUGCAAUUGGAUGGAUUCCUCCAGCUGCCACCAUGAAUGCUAUUGAAGAGGUUUACAGAAUAUCAAGGGCUCAAACACUCAUUGCUCUCUGCAGUACCGUCCCAGGCUACUGGUUCACAGUGGCUUUCAUUGACAAGAUGGGAAGAUUUGCGAUUCAACUUAUGGGAUUCUUCUUCAUGACAGUCUUCAUGUUUGCUCUAGCCAUUCCAUACCAUCACUGGACUCUGAAGGACCAACAUAUUGGUUUCGUCAUCCUCUAUUCGUUAACGUUCUUCUUUGCAAACUUCGGACCGAACGCAACAACCUUUGUUGUCCCAGCUGAAGUAUUUCCAGCACGAUUUCGUUCUACUUGCCACGGUAUAUCAUCGGCGUCUGGAAAGCUUGGAGCUAUGGUGGGUGCAUUUGGUUUUCUAUAUUUGGCUCAAAACCAGGACAAGAGCAAAACUGAUGCAGGAUAUCCUCCUGGCAUUGGAGUCCAGAACUCGCUUCUGUUGUUGGGUGGACUCAACUUGUUGGGAAUCCUGUUUACUUUUCUGGUGCCCGAAGCGAAAGGAAAAUCGUUGGAAGAGAUGUCGGGCGAGAACGAAGAUGGAACCAUUCAAGAAUUGGCGAGCCGGGCAUGAAUCAAUUAGACAGUCAGUCUCAUAUGUUUAAAGAGUCCAUUUAUGGGAUGGGAUUCUGUUAAGAAUAAAUAAAGUUAUAUUUCUGUGUGAUUUAUGCAUCUUUGCAGACAGGUAGCGAGGGCCUUUUAUGAAAAAUUGUGUGUUCAAAGGAAAAUCAUUCCGAACUCCUUGUUAACUUUUGAGAAUUAA